GCUCCUCUCCGAGCUGAAAUCCGAGAAGAAAUCUUUGGAUCUCUUUUCUUAAAAAAAAAAAAAAAAAUCCAGAAACCAUCAGUAUUUUGCUUUGCUGCUUCCUAUUUGCAAGAUGAAGAAGUUUUUCGACUCCCGGCGAGAGCAGGGCAGCUCUGGCCUGGGCUCCGGCUCCAGCGGAGGAGGGGGCAGCACCUCGGGCCUGGGCAGUGGCUACAUCGGAAGGGUCUUUGGCAUCGGGCGACAGCAGGUCACUGUGGAUGAGGUGUUGGCCGAAGGUGGAUUUGCUAUUGUGUUUCUGGUGAGGACAAGCAAUGGGAUGAAAUGUGCCUUGAAACGCAUGUUUGUCAACAAUGAGCAUGAUCUCCAGGUGUGCAAGAGAGAAAUCCAGAUAAUGAGGGACCUGUCAGGGCACAAGAACAUUGUGGGUUACAUUGAUUCUAGUAUCAACAAUGUGAGUAGCGGUGAUGUAUGGGAAGUUCUCAUUCUGAUGGACUUCUGUAGAGGAGGCCAGGUGGUAAAUCUGAUGAACCAGCGCCUGCAAACAGGUUUUACAGAGAAUGAAGUGCUUCAGAUAUUUUGUGAUACCUGUGAAGCUGUUGCCCGUCUGCAUCAGUGCAAAACUCCUAUUAUCCACCGUGACCUGAAGGUUGAAAAUAUCCUCUUACAUGACCGAGGCCACUAUGUCUUGUGUGACUUCGGAAGCGCCACCAACAAAUUCCAGAAUCCACAAACUGAGGGAGUCAAUGCAGUAGAAGAUGAGAUUAAGAAAUACACAACACUGUCCUAUCGAGCACCAGAAAUGGUCAACCUGUACAGUGGCAAAAUCAUCACAACGAAGGCAGAUAUUUGGGCUCUUGGAUGUUUGUUGUAUAAAUUAUGCUACUUCACUUUGCCAUUUGGGGAGAGUCAGGUGGCAAUUUGUGAUGGAAAUUUCACAAUUCCUGAUAACUCUCGAUAUUCUCAAGAUAUGCACUGCCUAAUUAGGUAUAUGUUGGAACCAGACCCUGACAAAAGGCCAGAUAUUUACCAGGUCUCCUACUUCUCAUUUAAACUACUCAAGAAAGAAUGCCCGAUCCCAAAUGUACAGAACUCUCCUAUUCCUGCAAAGCUUCCUGAACCAGUGAAAGCCAGUGAAGCAGCUGCAAAAAAGACCCAGCCAAAGGCCAGACUGACAGAUCCCAUUCCUACCACAGAGACUUCAAUUGCACCCCGCCAGAGGCCUAAAGCUGGACAGACUCAGCCAAACCCAGGAAUCCUUCCAAUCCAGCCAGCCCUGACACCUCGGAAGAGGGCCACGGUUCAGCCCCCUCUUCAGGCUGCAGGACCCAGCAAUCAACCUGGCCUUUUAGCCAGUGUUCCCCAACCAAAAACCCAAGCCCCACCCACCCAGCCUCUGCUGCAAUCUCAGCCCAAGCAGCCACAGGCUCCGCCUACCCCACAGCAGACGCCUUCCACUCAGGCCCAGGGUCUGCCCACUCAGGCCCAGGCCACACCCCAGCACCAGCAGCAACUCUUUCUUAAGCAGCAGCAGCAACAGCAGCCAUCACCACAACCACAGCAGCCAGCAGGCACGUUUUACCAGCAGCAGCAACAGCAGGUGCAGACUCAGCAGUUUCAGGCAGUACAUCCAGCAACCCAGCAACCAGCGAUUGCUCAGUUUCCUGUGGUGUCCCAAGGAGGCUCUCAACAGCAGCUGAUACAGAACUUCUACCAGCAGCAGCAGCAGCAGCAGCAGCAGCAGCAGCAGCAGCAGCAGGCCACAGCCCUGCAUCAGCAGCAGCUGAUGACUCAGCAGGCUGCCUUGCAGCAAAAGACUGCUGUGGCAGCAGUACAGCAGCCCCAGGCGCAGCCGGCUACAGCCUCACAGCCAUCCCCUGCCCAAGAGCCCGCGAUUCAAGCCCCAGUAAGACAACAGCCAAAGGUUCAGACAACCCCACCUCCUAACAUCCAGGGUCAGAAACUUGGAUCUCUCACUCCUCCAUCAUCCCCCAAAACCCAACGUUCUGGGCACAGGCGGAUUCUCAGUGACGUAACUCACAGUGCAGUCUUUGGGGUCCCUGCCAGCAAAUCAACCCAGCUGCUUCAGGCAGCUGCAGCUGAGGCCAGUCUCAAUAAGUCCAAGUCUGCCACCACCACUCCAUCAGGCUCUCCUCGGACCUCCCAGCAAAACGUUUAUAAUCCUUCAGAAGGUUCUACAUGGAAUCCCUUUGAUGACGACAAUUUCUCCAAACUCACAGCUGAAGAGCUGCUAAACAAGGACUUUGCCAAGCUGGGGGAAGGCAAACAUCCUGAGAAACUUGGAGGCUCAGCUGAGAGUUUGAUCCCAGGCUUUCAAUCAACCCAAGGUGAAGCUUUUGCCACUUCCUCAUUUUCUGCUGGAACAGCUGAAAAAAGAAAGGGUGGGCAGACUGUCGAUUCUGGCCUCCCACUUCUAAGUGUGUCUGAUCCUUUCAUUCCUCUUCAAGUACCUGAUGCACCAGAAAAACUAAUUGAGGGACUCAAAUCUCCUGACACUUCUCUUCUGCUCCCUGACCUCUUGCCUAUGACAGAUCCUUUUGGUAGCACUUCCGAUGCUGUAAUUGAAAAAGCUGAUGUUGCUGUUGAAAGUCUUAUACCAGGACUGGAGCCCCCGGUUCCCCAACGCCUCCCAUCUCAGACGGAAUCUGUGACCUCAAACCGCACAGAUUCUCUUACUGGGGAAGAUUCCCUGCUUGAUUGCUCUCUGCUUUCUAACCCUACUGCUGACCUUCUGGAAGAGUUUGCUCCCAUAGCAGUCUCUGCUCCAGCCCAUAAAGCUGCAGAAGAUAGUAAUCUCAUCUCAGGUUUUGAUGUCCCUGAGGGCUCGGACAAGGUGGCGGAAGAUGAGUUUGACCCUAUUCCUGUAUUGAUAACCAAAAACCCACAAGGUGGGCACUCUAGAAACAGCAGUGGGAGCUCUGAGUCCAGUCUUCCCAACCUAGCCAGGUCUUUACUGCUGGUGGAUCAGCUCAUAGACCUGUAGCCGUGACCCAGUAGCAGAUGCAGUUCUGUAACCUUCAUAUCGUGAUAAACAUUUUCAUUACGGAGUUAUCAGAAAAACGAUUUUUAAAAAAAUAUCUGCAAAUAAGAGGCCCUCUAGCUCUUUUCUCCUACCCUUUGCCUUCUCCUGUAGAAAUGAUAAGGAAAGAAAAUCACUUUGGCCCUCCAGGUAUUCCUUGGCCAGUUCAUCCCUGUUAGUUUGCUGUGUUUUCUCAUUACCCUUCUUCAAUAGCAUUAUCUUAAAUCAAGUGCUAGAUGCCAUGAGCUUCACCUCUGCUGGAAUCGACUCCACCAAAAGCUUAACUGUAACUGAAAUCAGUGAAUUGACACUUUUGUCUCAUUCUUGCUAGGAAUGGCCUCCCAAGUCAGUCCUCCCAAACCUUGUCUCCUUUGGUCAGAUGCUGAUGAAUGUUUCCCUGUUUUGGCUUUUUAUCCUGAUGCAUUAUCCUGAGGACAUGGCAUUUCCAGUUGGUCUUAACUCUAGGCAAUAGCCUGGAGAUAGGUGCGUGAUUUAAGAGAGAGUAAAACUGACUGACUGAUAGUAUAUGUUUGAGAAGAGAAAUUGAGCCCAGCUCUAGCCAACCAACUUUGACCUUGUGUGAUCAUAGACUUAGCCAAGGGAUUUUACCCCACGCAACCUGUUCAACAUUUGUCCAGCUUUCUGGCUUCCAUUGAACCGUGAUUUCUCAGAUCUGGAGCCAUGACUGCAAGUAGUUGAGAUUCUUGGAUGAAAUGUGUCAUUAUAUAAAUCCCAAGUAUUGCCAUUCCUUUUCAUGUUAAACUAUCCCAAACCGGGAUCUCAGAAUUAGACCAAAACAAGACAAUGGUGGUAAUAUGAAAUCUUUUAUUAGAAGACUUUUCACUGGGGGGUAGAUUGGGGAGGGGAAGGAAUUGUAGCAGAAACAGAUGUAUUUUUCUUGUGAUUUUUAUUUUGAAUCAAAUAUUGUAAAUUGUGUAUAAAUGAAGACGCUGAGUAGUUCUGUUUUCACUUGGCGUUUCAAGUCCAAUAUCAGGUGUCUGUACAGGGUUUUGAUCUCUUUCCCUUGUAUUUACACAUGUUCCUACCGUGUAACAUAUGGAAUCAUUUUAAGUAGACUUGUGUGUUGCUAUAAGCUUUCAGCAGGUCCUCUGUCUCUGUAGAAUAAGCAUGUUGUUUAUUUUCAGAUAAUCAGAAAUAAGUGUGUUGACAAGCUGGGCACAAAUUGUUUUUUUCCUCCCUGAUGUUUAAACUGAAGGCUGCAGCCAAUGGAAUAUGUUAGUUGGUUUUCCUUGGCUUCCUUGAUUAAAAAAACCAAACAAAGCAUAGUUCUUCACUAACUUUAGAAUAUUGUUCAUAAAAUAAAUAAAAGCCCCUGCACUGACAUGGCGACAUGCUUCAUGUUCACCCUCUGCAUAUGUAUUUACUCAUUAAAGUACAUUUUUUUCCUUACAUGGAAAGCACUUUUAUAAAAUCACCUUUUGAAGAGUAGGCACAGAGAACCCCAUCAUUCUCUUCCUCUAGUGCCCCUAUCCACGAUCAAAAGGGGAACUCUUAGUUGACCAGAUUUGUACAAAUAAAAUUUCAAGUCCA